GAUAUUCCUUCGUUUUUCAGAUCGUUACGUUUGCAUAAAUACACGAGUCAUUUUGAGUCCAUGAAAUGGCAGGAUAUUCUCAAAAUGUCGGACGAAGAGCUCGAAGCCAAGGGUGUGGCUGCACUCGGUGCUAGACGAAAGAUGCUAAAGGUGUUUGAA